CUGCUUCGUCGCCCCACACGAACGUUCCCGUACUGCGAGAAUAAUCAACUGCGGAAGACUUCGGAUUCGACAUGGCGUUCAUGAUUCCCAUCGUCAAGAAGGACUACAACCUGUACGAGGCAGCCGGUAGUCCCAAGACAUCGUCACCCUGCGGCAGCCUGCAGAGCCGAUCCGGGAACAGCAGCCUCUCCUGCUCGCCAGGUUCCAACAUGGGCGACAAGUUCAAGGACCGCAAGCAAUCUUCCGCGAGCAAAAACGACUCGUACACGUCCUCAUUCUCGGUCUCGUCGACCAAGUCCAAGUUCAACGACGCCUUCUUGAAGAAAUUCUCCGGACAAGGCAAGGGACCGAAAUAACGAGGCAGUGAGUGCAUUAAUGUGAAGCCGAACUUCAGAACGCUAUCAUGCGAGUGCUGACGAAGAACCAAGUGUGCUUCGAAAAGAGGGCGAAACAAGAACUUUGGAAUGACCGGCUCCAGGCUAGGUGAAGGGGCCAGCGCCGCAUCCCUCGGAUGAGGAGUCCAGAACAAGCUCACGCUAUCGCACACGAGAGCGUCCGACGGCGCCAACCACACGGCGACGAAUACCUCUUUCAUGUGACCUAUUCAGCAAGGAAGAGUGGUGACUCAGUGGACAUUAGCGAGAAAAUCUCCUUACAAACUUCUAUGAAGAUCUUACCAGCCUCUCUGAAGAUCUGAAUGAUUCAGCAGGCAAGUCAGAAAUGUGCUUGCUGUGGGCGAUUGCCAAACGGGACUUUAAUCACUUUUUUUAGGAACCUCAUGGACACUUUACAAGACUUGAUGGAACGCGUUGUACAUUUGUGAAACGUUUGCCCUUUACUGCACGAGACGGGCUUUUUUUUUAAGUUAUCAAUCCCUUAGUAAGGAGUCACUUCGCUGAACAUCAUCUACGCAUGUCGUUAUAGCGGAAGUUCUUUGCACGCAUUUUAUGUUCCUAAACAAUGUUUUGAUUCAUUUAUACAAGCUAUGCUAUUUAUUUGUACAUAUAAACUCCCAUGAAUAAACAGUUUUUUUUUAAGAAAAGAAA